GUGUCCCACACCAUACUACCGGAGAAAAUCGUAGGUGUAAACAAAUAAAGAACGCAAAACUCCAUACUACUGGAGAACAGUACGGUCUACCGGAAGCCAGCAUCUGGCAAGUCAUCAAUCAUCUAGGAUGGCCGGCUGAUUUUGGACUAUCAAGAACAAAUGACGCGUCUGCGGUAGAGUACGGUCUACCGGAAGCCAGCAUCUGA